AAAAUUCCAGUCCCCUUCUUUCCUUCUUCCUGGUUGAGUUGCUUUUGGAGGAUCAAUUUCCCCUUUUCAAUUCAUCUCCUUUGAUUGUUUCAGUUCAUAGCUUAGUUCAUCUCAAGCUUUCUUUUCGAGUUGUGAUGGUGAUGAACAUGAAGCACCCACUAUCAAGCUUGCCCCCGGGGUUCAGGUUCCACCCUACAGACGAGGAACUCAUCCUUCAUUAUCUGAAGAAGAAGGUGAGUUCCUCGUCUUUCACCGUUUCGAUCAUCGCCGAUGUCGAUAUUUACAAGUUCGAUCCCUGGGACUUACCUGCUAAAGCUGCCAUCGGUGAGAAAGAAUGGUACUUCUUUAGUCCUAGAGAUCGGAAGUACCCUAACGGUGCAAGGCCGAACAGGGCAGCGGCGUCCGGUUACUGGAAAGCGACCGGCACUGAUAAGGUCAUAGUUACCUCUACAAUGGCGAAUGGAAGGGGUGAGGUGCAAGAGAAUAUUGGUGUAAAGAAAGCUCUUGUUUUCUACAACGGCAGGCCACCUAAGGGGAUGAAAACAAAUUGGAUCAUGCAUGAGUACAGGCUUAUAGACAACCCUAACUCCAAUUUCAACAAUAGACCACUCAAGUCCAAAGAUUCAUCCAUGAGGCUAGAUGAUUGGGUUCUAUGCCGGAUCUACAAGAAGACCAAUGCUUUAUCAUCAACGGCAACAAUAAGUGCAGCAACAAGUGAUCAAGAGGAAGAAGAAGCAGAACAAUUCAUUAAAGAUGCGCUUUUACCAGCCGCCAUUAAAACCCCUCCACCAACCAACAAUGCCCUCCAGCCCCAGAAAUCUUGUUCCUUCUCCAACCUGUUAGACGCCAUGGAUUACUCUUUACUAAGUAGUUUCCUGUCCGACAACCAGUGCAACGGAUUCGGAUUCGAGCCGUAUUCCUUCACCUUCCCGAACAUUGAACAUCCCUUAAUGAACAAUUACACCACCAAUGGCACCACCACCACCACCACCACCACCAACAACAACAACAACAACAACAUCAGCAGCAUAAGCACCGGCAGCAAUAGCAGCAGCAUGACAGUGCAAAAGCUUCCCCAGUUGAGCUCUUCGGUUCCGAACAUGGAACACAAACUCAAGCGACAAUACUCGAGCAUUGACGAGGAUUACUUGUUGAACCCAUCAAAGAAACCUUGCUGCAGUUACAGCGACAGCAGCAGCCAAACUGAUAUGACUCACUACAACUUUCUAAACCAGUCCUUCUUCAACCCCAGUUUACUUUUAGGUUCUCACAUUCAGUUCCAAGGAUAAAUUAAAAAACUAAAAUUAAAAAAAAAAUGGGAAAGAAAUUAUGGGAAAA